CAUUUAAACCAAGAUAUUUUCAAUACUUGCAGCUGAAAGUCUGCGAGCGAAUUAGAAAUAUGACUUGAUGGUCAAACAAGCACGUGGAUUGCCCGGUCGCCUGCUUGUUUCGUUUUAUCUCAAGCAGUGUUAUUCGCCGUGCCGCGUAGUGUUGCGCGCGGAACGAGUCGACAGCUCGUCUGGUGCAUUGAAUAAGCGGAAGUUUAGCGUGCGCGGAGUGUUUGAACGAUCCGGAGGUUGGUGACUGCUGAAUUUGUUAACGAACAAACUGCAACAUGUCGUGGAUAUUUGGGUAUGGACAGAAGCCGACUGAUAUUCAAGGUGCCCAUGGAGGUGGCGGUGACGGACUACCACCGAAAAUCGAAGUCGGUGAUUCGGGCAAGAUCGGUGCUAAAUUUAAUUAUCAGUUUGACUCGACCGCCCUUGAGCGUGCUGCAAAAGCCGCACGAGAACUGGAAACGUCACGUCAUGGCCGAGAGGCUAUCGCAUUGUCGAAGAUGCAGGAGACAACAGCUCAGUUGGAGCACCAAAGAAAUAUCAAGCAAAUUGAGCUGGAGAUGGAGAAUAUAAAGGCUGGACAAAUGCAACGAAUGAAUGAAGAGAAACGUAAAACUCUACAAGAGGAAACUAGACAGGCACAGGCCCGAGCUGAGUAUCAAGACCAACUAGCUAGGAAAAGGUAUGAAGACCAGCUGAUUCAGCAGCAGCGGACGCAGGAACAACAGCUGCGUCGACAGGAGGAAUCGACCGCUAAACAAGAAGCCAUGCGAAAGGCCACCAUUGAGCAUGAAAUGCAGCUGCGCAGUGACAAUGACAUCAAACGGGUUCGCGCCGAGGUAGAAGCUCAAGCGAAGAUGGCCCGCGAAAAUCACGACAUAAAUAUGGAGCAGGUUCGCUUAAAGGCCCAAGAGAACCGUGAAACAAUCCUCCAAUCGAUAAAGACUACUGGCAGUGUCCUAGGCGCAGGCUUGAACGCUUUUGUUUCUAACUGGGACAAGGUAGUCACAGCUGCGGCUGGUCUCUCUAUGCUAGCAGGGGGUGUCUACACCGCUCGAAUGGGUAUCUCUAUCAUCGGACAAUAUAUUGAACUCAGGCUGGGAAAACCGUCCCUAGUUCGACAAACCUCACGACUUACUGCCGGCCAGCUCGUUAAACAUCCGAUUCAGACAGUGAAAAGAAUAACUCGCCCUAAAGAGGAUAUACUGAAAGGCGUCGUGCUUCAGCCAACAUUGGAGGAGAGACUUCGGGACAUAGCGAUUGCGACGAAGAACAGUAAACAAAACGGAGGUUAUCUUCGUAAUAUUCUCAUGUACGGGCCGCCAGGAACUGGGAAAACGCUAUUUGCGAAAAGGCUUGCAUUUCAUUCAGGAUUGGACUAUGCCGUGAUGAGCGGAGGUGACGUUGCCCCAAUGGGCGCGGAAGGUGUUUCGGCUAUUCAUAAGCUGUUCGACUGGUCGGAAACUUCGCGCAAGGGUGUACUACUGUUUAUUGACGAGGCUGACGCGUUCUUACGCAAACGUACCUCUGAGCACAUCUCGGAGCAACUUCGUUCGUCACUCAACGCCUUUCUGUUCCGGACGGGCGAUCAAUCCAAGAAGAUCAUGGUCGUGCUAGCUUCCAAUACGCCUGAACAAUUCGAUUUUGCUAUUAAUGAUCGUCUCGACGAAAUGGUUGAGUUCAAACUGCCGGGUGUUGAGGAACGUGAGCGAUUGGUUCGGUUGUACUUCGAGCGCUUUGUCCUGGCGAGUAUUGGCGUUGGCCGACGCAGCCUAAAACUUGAGGAAGGACUCGACUGGGGAGCGCUCUGUUCCGAUGUUGCAUCGCGCACCGAUGGUCUAUCGGGCCGAGAGAUAGCCAAGGUUGCUGUAGCGUGGCAAGCAAGCGGGUACGCCAGCGAGGAUGCGACCGUCACUCGCAAGAUAAUGAUGGAGCGCGUUGAAGACGCUAUUAAGCAGAAUAAACUUAAGCUCCAUUGGCAGGUAGCCGAAGAGACAGCGAAAAGGACCACGUUCGAGUCGUAAUUAUUAAUUUUAGAUAAAAGCAACAGCAUUUUUCUUUUUCUCUUUAAUGCUUUAACCAAAGCGGACGAUGGGAUAUUAGUGGAUAAAAGUAGUCAAACGAUGUGGACGAUUAUGAGUAGAAAUUUGUGUCGAGGUAACAUGUGGACCUUGCAAGAUUCGAUAGGCGGCAGUUGCGUACCUGCGCAGUGCCUACGUGUAAUAGGUGGAGCAGUCGGACGAUUAUGUUAACGGGAACAUUACAACGAUUUCAAAAACGUAUUCUUGUAUAGCAUAAAUGCCCAAGUGCAUUCAAGCGCAUAGAAACGUACAUGAAAAAUACCUGAACAGGAGCAAUUCUAGCAUUCAUAGAUAUACGUGAUCUAAAACGAGUUGACGUGUCGGAUUUUAUUUGCAGUCUAAGUAGCCUUAAUUGUAACAUUGGAUAAUUGAGCAAAACGGCCCGCUCGAAAUGUGUCCAGUAUAACUGCUUUUGAUAUGCACACUUUUGUACGUGAGCUAAAAAGUGCGUGUUGCUAAAUUGUUAUACACACAUGGUACUAACAUUGGUAUGAAUGACCUAAUGAAGAAUGUGUCGCGGGUCGUAGACAACUACCUGAACAUACAUUGUACGUUAAAUGAAGCUCAGACACAGCUGGAACAAGGUCUUCUGCUAUGGCCCGGUGUGCCUUUGCGCCCAGAUGCAGCUUGACUGUACGGGGGAGUGACUACGUUGGCGACACUGUUUGGAAGAUUGAAAAAGCUUUUUACAUUUUAUUGUAAUAUAUUAAACUAUACACAUACUAUUACAUAAUUAAACACAUCCAAGUACAUGUAGUUGACAUCUAUAAAGAAGAUCUAGAAAAAUGCACCGUAGUGCAUUAUUGUGGAGACUGAUUACAUGAAUAGUAUGUACAAAUUUUUAGUUAACUUAUAAAUAAAUGUCUUUUCUCUUCUGAAACUGACGCUGUUAUGAACCUUACCUUGCUGUGAUUUAAAUUCAUUCAAAUUUCAAGAUUGCGAUUUGCGUGAAUUUGGCGGUAUGAAAGAGUACAACAGUGAAAGAAACAGUUCCAGCACGAUGCGUGCCUAUAGCAAGUAAACUUUUAUAUAUUGAACCUGCGAAUCCGUAGGGUAAACCGAAAAUAACAUGUUGUUCGACAAUUAGCGUUUUGUAGAAACUAUAACAAUAUCGCGUUCGGCAACUGCUUAUAUCAGGACAACAAUAUUUCAGUAGAAGGUCUCCUAUUUUCUAUACCAUGAAUAGGGCAUAAGCAGAAUUCGUUCGGAAACUCUUGUGCCAUUUAUACUAGAAUUGAUGGCUUGAAGUAAAUUCAGCGAUUGUCUAUCGUAAUGUUAUAGUUAAACACAAUACGAAACAUAGAUAGGUGACUAUGUAUUUGGUAACAACUGGGCGCGUCCAUAAUAUUUAGUAUUCGGUAGGUGAAAGCUUGAAGAGCUAACUCCAGUGCAUACUCAUACUCUUUGACGAAGAUCAGAAGCAAAUUUCUAUUUCAACUACGUCAGCUCCUUAUUACCCUAAAUAGAGUUAAGGCAUGCAUGUGAAACAAACUGUUCAAAGUCUGAAUUUGAGCGAAAAAAUAAAAUAUUGGAAUGAUGUGAAAAAACAGGAAUAUUUAUAUAUAAAAGUAAUACCUUCCUAUAGGUAUUUUGCAAUUUCUUACGCUGUCCCAAUAACGUGCUUUUCGUCAAACGUACUAUAAACGUCUCUAACCCACCUUAUAAGAUCCGCAUGUCAUUGUGUUUUUAUAGAAAUUUUAACAUCGUUCUAAGCGCCAGAGCUCCACGCCUGACGCUUUUUUUUCUCGUAUAAGUCAAUGAUCGUUGUCUUCAUGUUUGAUCCGCAAGAGGUCGCUUCUUGAAAACGCUGUGCAGCUUAUGAAUGACGUUCCAGUCGACCAACUCUGGCUGGAACUCCGAAAACAUAAACAUACUGCAGCUCGUGCAUUGAUACAAACGAGAUUGACUCAAAUAUUUUCAUUCUUUUAGGACCAUUAGUAUAUUUAAAGAAACCAAGCAACUCAUUUACGCUACCACUUCCAUAUAUAACUAUAGAUACCUGCCGAGAUUGGUGUCCCGCUGCCUGGACCUCUUCAAAGCAAAAAAAACAGUUUCGUUGAUCGUAACUUAGAAAAAGCGGAUGUUAAUGACUAUCUUUUCCUAGAACCCACGCAUAUGCAGAAUGCGGUUUUUUAUGAUUUUUUUACCCUAACCUUAUUUUCGCACGCUUUACGCAACGCUGAAAAUCGACAAUACGCUCCAUCUCAUCGUUCGAUUGCAAGUACGUCUUUAUUCGCUGAUGUCAUAAAUUGUUCAAAUGAUGAAUCAAACGAGUCAAACAUGCUGCUGUCGUUUAAUAAAUGAGUAAUAAUUAUAGUAUAUGUUUGUUGCGGGGGGUCGGGUAGGCGUACGGGAGGAACAACGAUGAUCAUGUUGAUGUCCCUUCGGUGCUUUUCUUUAUCUUUGUUCAGUUUGUUACUCGACAUCAGCAGCAGCUGCUCAGAUCAAAGCGACAACGAGAAAAAAGCCUAGCUUUCUUCUAAUUCUUGAUAUUCUAAACCUUUACUGUUUUGUAGUUUCUAAUACAGCCUCACUUGAUAGGUAUCGUAUACCUUUUCUUUCGCUUGUGAUCAUUUCAAUCGCUAAUUUUCAAUGCUCUUUAUGUCGUCGCUUGCGCUAGUCAAAAAGUUGUGUCGUUUGUGUUUGUCAUAUUAUUCCUUUCUUAUAGAUCUUUACAUACGUUUGUACAACCAUAUAUAUAUAUAUAUAUAUAUAUAUAUGUAUAUAUAUGGUUGCUUUCCAUAUAUUUUUUUAUGGCGUCUGCCUGCCUUUUACUCUUUCCGCCUGGCCCCACCUGCAAUCGCUUUCCAUGCAUUCGGCUUUUUCAUAUAUAUAUAUAUAUAUAUAAAACGCUUCUUGUUGGUGAUGCUGUUAUCACCAUAGGGAUUGUUAGUGUACGUUUUGCGUGAUCUUUUGAGGCUGACAUCCUUGUUUCUGCUGCUGCUGCUGUUGUUGU